AUGCGUUACCAAGAUUCCUUCGAGGACUCGUUGCACUUUAGACGAAUUCUUGCUAUAGAACCAAGUUUGUGGGCUCCUAAGCAAGAUUCAAACCCUCCAGAUACGGAAAGACCUACAAGUAUGAAGGUGAAAACUAAGAUCACAGACUUACCGGGCAAGUCAUUCAACCAAUUUGAGGGCGCUAUCAACAAUGCAAUAUUCAACACUGGUUUCCCAGUUGAUGGCAACGUCGAUACCUCAAAGCUUUAUCCUGGGGCUACGGACUACUAUGAUGCGCUUUCAAAGAUGGGCAAGCCUAUUCAGGCUCUAAGUUCGGAAUUUAUGAAGCUGAAAGCAAAUGAUCCGAGCUUGCCAAUGAGUAACAACAUUAAGAAGCCAUGGUUGCUCGGUAAGAACUGCGCAGCCUAUGUAUUUGCACUUCGGCGGAAGGAUAUGGAUGUGUAUCGAGCUACGUUCCUCCGUCAGAAGCUCGGGACACCUCUUGGACUCCAUGGUGGUUUCGCUCCUGUAUUCACCAACAUCAAGACUGCUAAGAUGGUUCAAGGAAACACACCGGAGAGUAUUCAGGCAAUCGAUUUUGACGAAACAAUUUCUAGCUACAUCAAGACGGUUCCAGACAUUGAAGCCAUACUGAAAGCGGAAAACGACGCUUUUAUGAAUGUUCAAAGAACGCCUGGGGAGUUCAUCAACAAAAACCAUCUCAAAGCAGUAGAAGCUGCCAGAUCUGCAGUGACUGGUUGCAACUGCGAAACGGUAAUUCCACGCGAACUCAAGAAGAGGCAGGAGUCGCGAGGUGUUUUCUUCAGAGCAGUCACAAACUGGAAAUGGGAGACAGAUCCUGCAUCCGUACACUGGGGUGGGCCCAAAGCAGCCAGGUCGAGGAAAAUGAGAGCCCAGAGACUCGCAAGAAUUGGGAUUGAGCCAAAGGCAAUUAGUGUCUCAUAUAUGGAAUAG